AUGACGGCAUCGCCGCUUACUGCCCAACCCACCGGUUAUGCUGGAGGUGGCAUGCGACCCCUGGUGCCGCAGGCUACUGGUUUCGUUGACCCGCGUUUACAGAUGAUGUCCAGCACGUUCCUACCCGCGAACCCAUCCACUCCGUAUAAUCCAGCAGGCGCCCCACAACUGCAGCAAUUACCCGUGGGUGGAUUAUCGCUCCAGCAAUCAUUCCAGCAGCACAAUCAGGCUCAGCGCGGAAACGCGGCACCCAAGGUCCCAUGGGCUCUAUCGAAGGCGGAAAAGAAGAAUUACGAUCAAAUCUUUCGUGCUUGGGACGUGAGCGGUACUGGUUUCAUCAGUGGGCAGACUGCGCUCGAAGUGUUCGGGCAGAGCGGACUUGACAAAAACGAUCUUGCCAAAGUCUGGGCCCUUGCCGACGCCGAUAAUCGUGGCAAGCUGAAUCUCGCCGAGUUUCAUGUUGCUAUGGGCCUUAUUUACCGCAGGCUCAACGGCAACGAAGUCCCUGACGAGCUUCCAGCCGAGCUUAUUCCACCUUCUCAUCGGGAUCUUGAUACGUCUGUCAAUCUCCUCAAAGACAUUCUCAAGAAUGAUACGCGAGCACGCUCCCCUUCGAGUCUGGAUGCCCCUGUGUCAAAGCUCAAGGAGCGUUCCUUCAAUAGUACAUCUGCACCAGGUGCGGGUGGGCGACAGGACGCGACAGUAUACAAGUACAAUGACGACAGCCCCCCUGGUGGAUAUUAUCAGCCUCGAUCGCGCCAUGUCGAUCGUAGCGCAGUACGCACAGCGAGCGAGAGCGAGAAUCCAGCUGCAGAUCUUUCUGAGAUGAAACGACAACUCGAAAAUACUGCGAAGAUGCUUGAUCGUGCCUCAGAAGAAAAUGCGUCGCGUACCGCAGAGGAUGAGGCUCUCGAACGGGAAAUGGCCGAUCUUAGGUACCGGGUCAACAGAGUGAAGGAUGACCUGGAUUAUGUGUCUAGAGGUCCUAGAAGCACCACGAAGGACGAAGAGAGACGCAAGCUCGAACGGGAACUCAUGAAGCUGAUGCACGAACGAAUACCAGAAGUUGAGCGAAAACUUCAAGACCGAGAGGAGCGACGCAAUCGCGAGAAGAGAGAGUGGGCUCGUGACAGAGACAGACGCAAUGACAGGUUCGGGAGAUAUGACGACCGAGAUGACCGAUACUCUUCUCGCCACGACGACGACGACAGAGGCAGAGGUUAUCGUCGUGACUCGUAUGGUCGUGAGGAACGGGACAGGGAUCGUGAUUACGACCGAGAGAGACCAUAUUCGCGUAACAGGGACCGGGACCUUGACAGAAGCUAUGAUCGCCCUCGCAGUCCACCCGCUGCACGUUCUCCUCCCCCUGCUCCCCCGUCUGUGCCUCCCCCGAGCGCAAUAAGCAAGCCGCCACCACCAGCUCCAACUCCGACCAAAUCACCUGCACCAAAUACUAGGAAUAUGACCCCCGAAGAGCGUCAGGCAUUCAUUCGCGCAGAGGCACAAAGGCGUAUGCAGGAACGCAUGGCUGCUCUUGGUGUUGUUGGCGCAGGAUCAUCUUCCCCCAAAUUAGAUACUAGUGUUGAAGAUCGCCUAGCUCGCGAGAAACAGGAAGCAGAAGAGAAAGCACGUCAGGCUGAGAAGGAGGCGGAGGAACGAGAAAGGGUUCGUAAGGAACGGUUAGACAACGAGAAAGCCCUGAAGGGAGGUGCUGUUUCGCCUGCUCCCACACCCACGGGCACUGUUCCGCCCACAUUCGCACCUGCCCCACCUGUACCUACGCCCACUGUGCAAGUGCCUACACCUAAGCCAACGCCGCCGCCUCCUAAACCUAGAGCGCCCGCACCUCCGCCUCCGCGGAAGGCGCCGCCUCGUGCUCCGACUCUUCGUUCAACGCCUUCUGUGCCGACACCUCCUGCAACGACACCUUCUGUCAUUGCACCUGUGCCUCCAGCCCCCGUGCCUGCACCUGCUACUCCGCAAGUUGAUCCUGAGGACGAAGCAAUACGUGCUCGUGAAGAAGCUGUACGCAAGCAGCGAGAGCGCUUGGAUCGAUUGCGCAAGUUAGAGCAGGAGGAAGAAGAGGCAAGGCGCGCCGAGGAAGAGUAUCGAGCAAGGCGUAAUGUUCGGGAGACUGUCCCAUCUCCCGCCGGGCCUGCUUCAGCACCUCCAGCACCAGCGCCGCCGCCCUCUCCCCCUCCUCCUGCAUCAGUGCCAGAGUCCUAUUCAAGCCCUCCUCCUGCCCCGCCUCCUCCUCCGCCACCAGUAGCCAGCCCACCAAUCUCGACAUAUUCGUCGGAUAAAGCUAGUACUAACCCAUUUAACCGGUUCAAGUCGGGCGCAGCACCCUCUCCAUCUACUCCUUCUACCAAUGGAAGUACUAACCCAUUCUUUAAGAAUAUAUCGGCAUCUCCACCUGCUGUCACCCCGGUGUUGCCGCAGAUUACUAUUCCCCCGCCAUCGAAGAGCCCCGCCCCACCUGCAAUAAAGACAACAUAUCAUACGGCGCCUGGUGAGGAUGAUGAAGAGUGGGACGCUAUUGAGGAGAAGGACGACGACGAUAGCAGUGACGAUGAGAUCGAUUCAUCUCGUGCUACACGUAAAAAGUUGGCGGAGGAGCUAUUUGGAACUAUCCUACCUCCGUCGCGUCCCCAGUCAGCUGCUCCGACUACAGCGAUACCUCCGCCUCGGAUUUCGUCACCUAUCCAUCCAGCUCCUUCCGCUCCGCCUGCCGUAGAGAGCGUUCCUAUCGCACCUCCACCACCACCUAUGGCCCCGAGCGCACCCCCACCUCCAGCAGCUCCGGCAUCGACUGGUGAUCGCAGUGCGCUGCUGGGUGCUAUUCAAAUGGGUGCUAGACUGAGAAAGACCCAAACGAAUGAUCGCAGCGCGGCCCCGGUAUCGGGCAAGGUCAUCGGUGAUAACGCACCUCCUGAACAUAUCACAGCCGCAAGAGUGUCGGCUUCACCUCCUUUCGGAGUCCCUCCUAUGGAAUCCUCCAUAGCUUCACUCGAGCUGCCUUUGAUGUCCUCCCAGGCGAGUUCUAGAUCGAGUAACAGGGAAUCUGUCGAUUGGUAUGCAGGGCUUGCCGCUGAUGGAGGUGCAGUUAAGCUUGAGCAUAUGCCCUCAAUGCAGGAGGAAGAAGAAGAGGAGCCCCUUGCAUCGGUGCCUCAGAUUCAGGUCGAUGCUGCCGAGGAGCAUGAACCUUUAGCCGACGUGGACAGAUCCACAGAAUAUCGCGUUCGUUCUCUGUAUCCAUAUCAAGGACAGCGAGCUGAAGACCUCUCAUUUGCCGAGAAUCUGCUACUGACUGCACACCCAUCCAAGUCCGGGGGAGAAUGGUGGUAUGGCACUCUCUUGCAGGAUGGCAAGUCUGGGUUCUUCCCCAAGACUUACGUGGAAAAGAUCGAACAAGUACGAGCUAAGGCUCUGUAUUCAUAUACCGGGAAUAGCCCCGAUGAGCUACCAUUCUCAGAGGGUGACGAACUAUACAUCGUAGAUCGGAGCGAUGUCGAUUGGUGGAAAGCCGAGCAAGACGGUGUGGUCUUCAUCGUUCCCGCAGGAUAUCUCGAAGUUCUAGAAGUGAUUUAUAUUUUUCUCUUACAUGUACUUGACUACUUGAAUUGGAAAAUGACCUUUUUACCUGUCGGCCACUCAGUUCACGAUACUUUUGGGAAAUCAUUCAUAGAAGAGCAAGCCACGGUCUCACACGAGAACGCAAUCACAACUGUAGAACCUGCAAUGACUAUCCUUCCAGAGGAAGAUAAGGAAGAGGAUUCUUCAGAUACUGAUUAUGCUUCUUCGACUGAGACUGAGACUGAGACCGAGACUGACGUCGACGAUAAUGACGAGGAAGUAAGCGAGGAAGCUAGAGCAGCAGAACGAGAAGCGCGUGCACUUGAACGACAACGCGUCCUGGAGGCUGCGGGUCUUAUAAUCAAGUCGGACGUGAAACCCCCGCCACGACCAGUACGGACGAGAAGCCAUCGCAAGCGCAGACCGCCGCCUGCUGUCCCUGACCGCCUUAGCUCCAACGGAACGCAGUCUCCUGGGAAGGACCUACUCGAUGCUCCUCGUCCUGAAGAUAGCGAUAACCCUUUGCAUUUGGAUGACGCAUUCGAGCGUUAUGAAACGUUCAAGCUAGCCAAUGCGAAUACCAACCGUUUGUCUCUGGCCUCUAUGGACAGUGGUGUCUCCGCGCCGAGUCCAACGAGAAGCACGUCCGCUGAGCCGGAAAGUCGGUCGACGACUCUCCAUUUCUUCAGCUUAUUCGGCCGUAAGACCCCCACCAAUGACGGCGAGACGCGUACGAUGCCAAUAAUCUCUGCUCCGAUCAUAUCAAGGGAAAGUAGUACGCCUACAUUCGGCGAAAGUGAUAAUAUGUUUGGUACGUCGUGGGCCAGCCUAGUGGACAAGUCGGCCCUUGAAGAAAUACCGGUGAAGGAGCGUCGUCGGCAAGAGGCUAUCUUCGAGUUCAUCAACACAGAAGCGGCAUACGUCAGAGAUUUGCAGCUAAUUGUCGAGCUGUUCUAUGCCAAAUUGAUGGAUUUGCUCGACGAGAAAGCCGUCAAAGUAAUAUUCGCUAAUGUCGAGGAUAUCUUAUUAGUCAACACGACGUUCCUCAGCUCCCUGGAGGAAAGGCAGAAGGAAUGUCGUUUAUAUGUUGACAAGAUAGGCGAUAUAUUGAAGAAGAACAUGUUUGAACUCGGUGUCUAUGUGGAAUAUUGUGUAAACCAAGGAACUGCGAUCAAACUUCUACAAUCACUGCGUGAGUCCAGUCCCGAUCUGGGACCUCGUUUACAGCGGCUCCGGGAGGACCCAGCUGCCCGUAAUCUAGACCUUUCCAGUUACCUACUUGUUCCUAUGCAACGAAUCACCCGAUACCCGUUAUUGAUUCGCCAGAUACUACAUUACACGGAGAGUACUGACGAUCGUCACUUCAUCGAACGUUCUCUAGAAGGCGCGGAAAAGAUUCUCGACCACAUCAAUGAGUCCAUCCGUGAGGUAGAAGGUCGUGAACGGCUAAAGACCAUUUCCAAGGAUCUAUGGGUCGGGCAAGGGCGGCUUGACCUGACUGCGCCUACACGAUAUAUGGGCAGUAGAAAGUUAUUGAAAGAAGGAUUGCUGAUGAAAGCGAAGAGCGGGCGCAGGCUUCGUGCGUUCCUCUGCAGCGACAUUCUAGUUCUCACGGAUGAAACAGCGAAGACGCUAUAUCGUAUGCCUAUACCCUUGGCGGAAGUGCAAGUGAGGGAGGUUCCAGGAGGCAGAGAUGAUCUCACGUUCCAAGUUACCAUCGCAUACCCACGCGGCGGGGAUACCAUUGCAUUGCGGGCUACAUCAGCCAGAGACUGUCAACUCUGGAUGCAAGCUGUUGACCAUGCGAGUCGAAUCUGCCGCGAGGCGAUUAGGAAGCAAAAGAGAGGUUAA